UCCUCCGCCUACACAUCCCACCCCCUUCUUCUGGUAUUUUUAUUAGAUGGGAGUCUGAUCUACGUGCCUACAAGAUAAGCGAACGCCAUCAAACAAUAGACAGCGAAACCCGCCGUUCCCGUUUCGUCUCAUCGUCAAACCUCCCCUCCCCGCCCCGCAACAACUAUCGGCUCUCAAACCAUGAGCUCCCAUGUCGUGGUCCUCGACUCGACAGCUCGAAGGGCUACGGUGAAGACAGCCCCGGGAAAACACCUCACCGAUAUCCUCCAGGAGGCCUGCACAAAACUGGGUGUCGAUGCCGAUCAACAUGGAUUAAAGUACAAAGGUAAACAACUCGACCUUUCACUGGUAUUCCGUCUCUCGGGACUCGCUUCUGGAGCAAAGCUGGAGUUGGUUCAGCAAUCCCGAUCGCCGUCCGUCGUCACCGUCGCGCUACAGCUGCCCGAAUCCGAGGCACGAGGGGCACCAAGCAACAAGCGGCUUCUGGAUAAAUUCCCCAGCACGACAACGAUAUGGCUGCUGCUGCGCAAGUUCGAGGCUGGAGUCGCCGGGGGCGCGCCGACUUGCAAUCUGACUGGGCGAGGCGUGCCCAGUGGCACUGAGGGGGCCGGAAGACUAUACUACGAGACCCCGGUCGUUCAGAUUCUGGAGCGCGAGCUCUCCUCCUUCACCGAUCUACAGAAAUCAUUAGCACAGCUGGGCUUCAACAGUGGCAAUGUCCUGUUACGGCUGAGUUUCCGCCGGACAGAGGAACCGUUGGAGGAGGCGAUGGUCAAGAUCCAAGACUACUUCAAACCUUUCGACGACGCAGUGCCCAAGACCGAAGAAACACCCGCCUCUACGGAGCAACUGUCAGAGGUCGAUACCUCCAACAAGCAAGACGAGCCACAACAAGCACCCACCUCUGAACCAGAUACUCCCUCAACCUCGGAGCCAACCCCUUCAACCGACUCUACAUCUCCUGCCCCCGCCGCAGAACCCACCGAAGUGCCAACAGGCCUAUCUCGACCUGUAACAGUAUUCUCCCCACCAUCCAACGCCACGCCCCAGUCCGCCCAAACCACCUACAACGAAACUGAUUACAUCCCUUCACUGGAACACGCCCAAGCCCACCAACGUCGUCUCAACGCCACCUCCCGCCCCCAACGACUCCCCACGGACGCCGAAAUCGCCGCCAAAGCGGCCGCAGAAUCGGAACGCCUCGCCGCCGUCUCCGAAGUCGACGUCAAAGUCCGUCUGCCGGACCAAAGCCAAGUCGUCGCAAAGUUCGGCCAAGAAGACACAGGGAAAUCGCUCUACGACUUCGUCCGAACCUGCCUCUCCCCGUCAUUCGCCAACGAGAAGUUCACCAUCACGCACUUCCCCUCCGGCACCCCUGCACCCGGAAAACGAAUCCAGAAUGUCGUCCCGGACUCCACCCAGUCUCUGUUAAUCAAGGAUCUGGCUAUGAUCGGCCGUGUCCUGGUCAACUUCACCUGGGAUGAGACUGCGUCGGCGACCGCGAGACAGAGCCGUGAGCUUUUGAAACCGGAGUUGCGGACACGUGCCCAGGAACUCAAGGUCGAACAGCCCCCCGAGGUGAUUGAUACCUCUGAGGACGUUAGCGGACCGAAGCCCGGAGGCGCGGGGGAUGGGGGGGCCGGGAGAGGAGAGAAGCGGAAGCCUGGAAGCAUGCCGAAGUGGUUGAAGUUGCCUGGCAAGAAAUAAAUCUGACGAUAGAUGCAGAGGUAGUGAACGGCCACCAUGAUUCAUGUCAAUUCAUAAUGUCUUGAGUAUGUGUGAGGUCCAAGUAUGGACCGUAGAAGCGUGAAGCACUAUGUAGGUAGGACAUACAAAUUACUACCCUU